AUGUACAUAUGGUUAAUAAUAUUUUUUCAAACACUUGUAUUGAAAAGUAAUCAGGAAAAUGUUGUGGGAAAAGUUAAUCAGGAAAAAGAUGUUGUUGUUAUAAAUCCGCCAUUGGAUGUAUAUAAUAAUAAUGAAACUCUUUGCUUUGGAGUUAAGGAGGAAGCAUGUAGUUUGCUUCAAGAAAAAGAAACCUGUUUGUGUAAAACCUUGAAUAAUGAUUCUGUUUUUUGCUGUCACAUAACUAAUCCUUAUCAAUUAAACAAUAACUUACGAUGUGCAGAUAACCGGGGUGUAGAAUGUCAAACCCUCAUGCAGUACCUCACAGAAAAUCCUCAAACUGUUUUUUUAAAUGUUGAUUCUACUUAUUGCUUCUCUUCUAAAAAUUUUCACUGGUUUAAUUCUAUUGCCCAAGUUCCCUUAUCCCAGGUACUCAUUUUAAGAAAUAUACAAGAGAGUUGCACGAAAGGUUGUACCUGUCGAUCGUACAGGUUAGAUAUGGUAUCGGGUAAACAUCCAACAGUGUCAGUUCUUGUCGAUUGUUCUUCAUUGGGUUUGAAAAAACUACCAGAAUAUUUACCAAAAAAUACUAUUUCGUUAAAUGUAUCUUAUAAUAACAUAACGAGUUUGGAUCCUUUAACUUUUGAUGAAAAUUAUAAAGACAUCAGAGAAUUUUAUGCCGAUUAUAAUCAAAUUUCAUCAAUUUUAGCUUUAGAGGGAUCAAAAUUUAUUGAUAAUUUCCUAGUCCUUAGUUUACGAGAAAAUAAUAUUAAAUCUUUGCCAACAUAUAUAUUGUCAAAUACUUUUGAUAGAAAUUAUCAUAUUCGUCGUGUUAAUUUAGGAGGAAACAGACUGGUGUGUAAUUGUAGUGUGGCUCAAGUUGUUAAAGUUUGGCUCUUGAGUAAUAAAAAACAUAUACCUGAUUAUGAUCAAUUACUAUGUGAUAAUACUGGAGAAAGAGUAAUGGCGUUAGACCAGAAUAAAGCAUGCAUGUAUCAAAGAGACUGGACAGAUUAUAUAUAUUAUAUGAUUGCUGGAGAAAUUGGACUUUUGCUUCUUUUGGUCGGAAAGGUGUCCUACGAUUAUUGGGUUUUUAAAACUACUGGUUACCUUCCUUGGCCUGCAUCUAAAAUGCCAAAAUUACCAUGUGAUUGGGUUUUAGAAUAA